AUGGCAGAACAGAGGGAAAGUUCACCUCGAAUAGCUGAUGAUGGAGAUAACGUCGACGAGGAACUUCGAUUAAUGCAAGCCAGAUUAGCAGAAAUGGAAGCUGAGAAGAAUGCUCUUGCAUCGAAUAGAGGAUCAGCAACGCCGAAUCCGGCAACGUCGAACGGGAAUGGCGAAGCUUCAGAAACUCAUGAAGGUGGUAAUGAUGCCAGUAUGGAUGAUGAGGAUGCACCCGCCGCAGUAGAUUCGAGGAGUGUCUAUAUCGGUAAUGUAGAUUACGGAGCUACACCAGAAGAGAUUCAAGCACACUUUCAAGCAUGUGGAACGAUAAAUAGAGUGACGAUAUUAUGUGAUAAAUUCACUGGACAUCCAAAAGGUUACGCUUAUGUAGAAUUUGCUGAACCCUCAAUCGUUCAAAACGCUUUAGUCUUGAAUGAAAGUAUGUUCAGAUCGAGGUUAAUUACUGUACGAGAGAAGAGGACGAAUUUACCAGGAAUGAAUAUGACUAAUCGUGGACGUGGAAGAGGUCGUGGUGGAUUUAGAGGAGGUGGUUUCAGAGGUGGAUUUAGAGCAAGAGGAAGAGGUCGAGGUAGAGGAUGGUAG